AUGCUAGCCAGCCCGGUGGACACAGAGUUCCUGGGCAGCCUGCUGGCGGAAGCCAGCGGAGGAGCAACAACAGUUGGGUCUGCGUCAGCUGGUCCCGGAUGCACGACUCAACAGUUCGGCAACACAUCCCCCCAGGACGGGCCUGUACCACCAGCGAUGCUGCUCCCCAACAGUCCACUCCCCGUUCUUGACCAAGGGGUCGUGUCGCGCCGGGACGGCUCGUCUUCCGCCGCAGGGCUCGCAGCCCAGGACCGGAGUGCAGCCACGACGCCGGCAUCGCCCGCGCAGAGUAAUCAUUAUCAUCAUAGCCACCUCUCUGGCAGCCCCAUUGACCUCCCGACCCCCUCAGACCUCCCGGAGGUGAUAACACCAUGGGCCAGGUCGCCGUCCAUCCGGAUAGAAACCUAUACUCCAAGACUGACCGCGCCAUUGCGUUUGCCUUCAGACGAGAAUCACCAGCAUCUCACUUUUCCCCAGCCUGCAGAAGCAUCUGGUCGAUACCCAUCGCUUGCACUGACGCUCAACUACGAGGAUUGGGGCUGCAGUGACAAUGAAAUGUUUGUUACCGACAGCACAAGCUCGCCUCCUUUGACGAUAAGCACCGGCUUUAUAGUCGACAAACGCAGCCAUCAGCCACAACUAUUACAACCACCCACCACAGCCGACCUCGCCACCUCCAACCACUAUUCCCACUGGCCGACUUCCAUACCGGUGUUUGCACAAGACAUCGCCCCCCAGCCACACUCACCGGCGGUCUGGCAAUCGUCAGGUCUGGAGGGUGUGGACGUCAUAUCGCAACGGUCCUCGCCACUAUCGCCGUACUUUGGGCCGCCGACGCCAGCCUCGCCGAACGGGUUCGCGCUGCCGACUGGACUGAUGCCAACCUCGUAUCCCAGCAGCGGACUCGACGACCAUGGCGCGGCUGGGUACGGCGGCGGAGGCAGCAAUAGCAUAAGCAGCAGCAAUACUAACAACGUCUUUCUGGACCCGGGUGGCGGCGUCAUCUACUCUAGCCAGCAACGGCAGCAAAUAGCAGCCCUUGCAACACCCGCUUCUCCUCACCCACUACCACAGAGCCAGCACACCACGCUGCAGGGUUUCCUGCAGCAUCCCAACCAGUCGCAGGAGACCCUGAUGAGCAACUUCCCCACCCUGCCGUCGAACCAGUUCCCCACCAGCCCGGGCUCGAACCACGGGGAUGGCGCCGCUAGAGGUGUACACGACGGCCAGCAGGGCCAAAAGGGUGACGAGGUUGCGCAGGCGGGGGCAUGUAAUGAAGAGGAGGACAGCCAGGAUGAAGAGGAGCAGAGCGAGCAGCCCUAUGCGAAGCUUUUGUGGAGGGCUUUCAUGUCCUCUCCGGAGCGCACCAUGACUCUGCAGGACAUCUACAGGUGGUUUAUACAGAACACGGACAAGGUCCACUCCAAAGGCUGGCAGAACAGUAUCCGGCAUAAUCUGAGCAUGAACCAUGCAUUUACAAAAAUAAACCCUCGCCUUGGAAAAGGCUCAACAGCAGGAGCAAACAAAAGCAAUCCGGAUGAUGAGGGAAAUCGACGCACCAAGGUUGAAGCAGCCUCCUCGACGGCUAAAAAGCUGGCGGUGUGGUACUUGCAAGACUGGGCAAUCGAGAACGGAGUGCAGUCCACUACGAGGUACCGCACCAAGACGCAGAGCUCGUCGUGCUCUCGACCGGGCGGCUCGAAAGGCGGCGAGGGUGGCCCAGGUCGACAGCAGCAACGGAACAGCGGCAGACCACCAUCGUCAUCAUCACCGAUGGCUGUUCAUCAUCUCAAGCCGGCCAUCGGCGGCUCCCGACGUAGCAACCGCGCAUCGUCUGCGCGCUGGUCGCGGUACUCUGACCGCAUGCAUCCCUACCGCAUGCCUCCAUACCACUCUGUGCAGGAGCUCGAGGCGAGGACCUCCCCGCAUCCGGGCAUGAGAUCUCUGCAGUCUUGUCCAUCGUCGGCCAUCGACGGUCGGCGGCAGCAGCAGCAGCAGCAGCAGCAGCCAAUCAUGCUUGCAACGAGGGAUCAGUGGCAACAGUUUACCCUGCACCAGCGUCAGCAACAGCCAAGUAAUAUAGCCGAUCCUACUGGCGAGAUCAUGUACGGAGGAGGUCCACACUUUUGCUACCCCCAGCAGCAGCAGCAGCAGCAGCAGCAGCAACACCACCACCACCACCACCACCACUUGGACAAUAUGUACCCCAUCUCUGGACCACCAGUCAGGACCGAGCCGCUGAUGAUGACCCACCGGCCGUCGGCGUCGUAUGAUUUGCCGACCAGCCUGAAUCCGGCACACGAAGUAACCCCACAGCAGCAGCAGAUGCUGCAGUCGUCAGAACCUACCACAUCUUUCGUACCGGGGUUGUACGACGGAGCCUUCCACCCCCGGCAGGAUCAGCAGCAAAUUCACGAUUAUCAGCACCACCGGGAACAGCAUCAGGAAGGCUCGCCGGAGAUCAAGAUGGAGCAUGUCGCCGCCAGAGUGCACACUCAUCGACAGCCAUUUCCAAACCGGAACCGGGAGAUCACCGCCGCUGCCACUGCCACUCCUCCCAAUGCGGCCGCCACGCCUUCCGAUGUGGAGCCGAAACCGUCCCCGCGGCAGACGGGCAGUGGGGGUCUUGGGGGUGUGUUUUUCCCUCCCGCCGAGACCCAGGGCUCCGGUUGA